AUGCCUGUCUCGCAUCUAACCGUGACAGUCUCCCACCUGCCUACCUCGACUUCGUUCUUUCUGUCUUGUCUCCAGCCGUUGGGAUACCAAUUUAUUGGUCGAGUGGAAGAUUAUAUCGGGUUCGGACAGAAGGCAGGUGCCCUGCCGAUUUCUGGAUCACCGAGCAGAAGCCUGGCCCCGUCAAAAGAGGCCGUCCAGUCCUUCGUCUACGCUGCGGUCAAAGCUGGCGCAAAGCUUCAUGGCGAGCCUCGAGAACGAGAUUCAAUAUCUGGGUACUACAGUGCCGCCGUAAUUGAUCUCGAUGGAAAUAGCGUCGAAGCGGUAUACCGCCCCGGUGCUUCGGUCGUUGCAUCAGAAGCCGGAGGGCCGACCAUAGCACUCCUGGAAACCAGAUCGGUCGUGUCCAAGAGCAGCAAAGCUACCUCUGUCAAGGCUGAGAGUGUUGCACCACCCAGAUCCGAGGCCAAGUCUCGUGCUGUCUCCAAGGCUCCCACUGCCGUUUCGAAAGCUCCGACUGCAAUAUCUAAAGCGCCUACUGCUGUUUCCCAUCGGUCUCAGGGUCCACCGCCGUCAUACACGACGCAGACGGCCCAGAAACCUGAUGAUGGGAGCAAAGUAGCUAAGACCAUUAUCGGUACUCUGAUCGGCGCCGCUGCUGGUGCUGCGGUUGCAUAUGCAAUGGUCAAGGGAGACUCUCAGUCAACCAGUGAAGAGCCCAAGGAAGCUCCGCAUUACACGCCUGAGUCCCACCAGCUCAUGGCACCACCAUCGCAUGUCUCUUCCCAGCUCUCGAAGCUCCCCCCCACGCGCAGCAUCUACACCAGCGCAUCAGGCCCUCGAUCCACUGUCACCCGCAGUGUAUUCUCCAAGAACCCCCGCGCCAGCACCAUCUACGAACCUACCGAGUUCUACGACGACCGUGGGCGCCGCGCCUCGGACGGCAGCAUUUUCAGCAUCCCUGAGGACAUCCCCCUCCGAGCAAUCGAGUAUCCACCGCCCAGCCACAGCUCGCAGCAACGUCACCCCUGCAACCCAAGCACCUUCAUCAGCAGCUAUGCCGCCGACAAGCCGCGAGACGGCAGCGUGCACUCAGCCUCAACAAUCAAAGCAUCUCAACAAAGCCUCCAACGUCGCCAUAGCCACGACGACAGAGAUACGUACUCCUCGCACAGCAAGCAUUCGCACCGUGUCAGUUCCUCCCAUUCCAAGGGCCAAGACGCAGUCAGCACGGCCUCGUCCACUCGUAGCGCGCGCAAUAUCCCCCUCCCCACUGGUUCCAACGCAACAUACUACAGCGCCAGCGCACACCCAGGCCAGGGCAACAAAUCACAUGUGUCCGCGCGCGAAGUGCCUCUACCCGACAGUGUCAUCGACCUCGACCUCGACUCGCAUGUCACCCCGGAUGACUCAAUCAGUCAAGUUGGGAGCCGGACUCGAUCCCACUCGCAUCGCUCGAGUCAUUCGAAGGCUUCGAAACACUCGUCUCGAUCGAAGAUGGAUGAGCCUAUCAGACCCGCUGAUAGUGUGAGUCAGGUGUCUAGGGUUUCGCACCGGACCGUGAAGGCGGGCGGAAGUAAGGCGCCGUCGCAUUCGGGUAGUCGACGUAGUCAGGUUGCUGUUUGA